AUGGCGACCACACUCGAGGAAUUUGCCCAAUUAGAGACCCUCUGGGACAAAGCAAUCCAGUCUCCGGCGGACAUUUCGCUAGAGGAAAAACACCAAAUGCUAGAAUGGCCCCCCCCUUGCGUCGAAGAUUUAUUCUACAAAGCUGUCACAGAUCCGCAUUCUCUAACGUAUGCAGAAUGUCGCCUGAUCAAAGAUGAUUUCCACGUCAUUGGCAUUAUGGACCAACUCAAGUAUGCGAAUGAUCGACGGAAGUGGAUACGGGCACGGCCCGAUCUCCAAGCUAAGAGAGAGCAAGCUCGUACUGCAGUUCUUUCGACGAUAGAGUCACAGGCUUAUCAGAACUUGGACGAUGUGUUUUACUCUAUUCAGAUGGCACAUUAUGACGUGGUAGAGGAAAGGCGGAGACACGAGAGGCCGAGCCAUUUGCCCAAAGAGUGGAUUCAGAAUAUCAUCGACCAGGGAGAAGACAAAAGUUGGGGUUAUAUAUGGUAUCAUUACAGGGAGCAGGAACUCUGGGCGGAAUUCCAGCACCAAUUCGAGGAUAUUCUGACGACGCAGAUGUUUACGGUUGUCGGGUGGGAUGAAAUUGAGGAUUUCAAAGUGGCCGAAUUUGUGGAAUUCGAGGCUAAAGGCUCGAAGGAACAAUACAGAGGCGAGCUCAAGCCUGGAAUUCUCUCGAACGUCUUUUUCCUGGUGACAGAUGAGGCUCGUGUAUCGUAUAGCCAGUCGAGACAGCACAGCUUUGCCUGGGCAAUUAACCCGGAUUGGUCUCGGCCGGGUGCCGAUGAAGACGGUUACGAUGGGCGGCUCAAGAUCAGUGCAACCCAGAUCUACUUCCGAUUCUACGAAUUCAUGUCGACAAAGAAGUUUACGCUAAAGGAUAUUUGGCGAAACUUUCAUCAAGUCAAUGAGACACAGACAUAUCUACCAGGGCCACUUCCUGCUUGGCAUUUUACAAACUUAGAUAAACCUGUAUGGCCUGAUCGUUGA